AUCGCAUUAAUUGCUUGGAGACACAAAAGCUACUAAGAUGGCGGAAAGUUGGUGCUGAAGUUCGUGACUAAAACGUCAAAUAGGAUCCUGCUGGUCAGGUCUGAUCAAUAGACUGAAGUGAUGGCGACUGUACAGAAAACUCGUCCAGCCAAGAAGCGCACACAGGUGGAACCAGCUGCAGAGGACAGCCCUCCCCCUGCAGAACAAGGUGUCUGGGAAGAUGAGAAGGAGAAGACAGACUCAGCCUCUCGGGGAAGUCUGAUAUCUGUCAAGGCUGCUGAAAAUGGCAACAUGGCUGACACUGUGGGUGAGGAAGGUGGCCAGCCAGCUCAGGCUGAAGGUAGACCCACAAGUCCUGCAGGCAGGUCUCAGUCCUCCAGACCUGGCACUCCUUCCAAUGACCUGGAUGGAGAGAAGAAAGGAGGGAAGAAAAGGAAGAAGACCAAUGCUGUCGAGCCCACUGACAGACCUGUAUCAGCAACUCCCUCUGGUGGGGAUGCGGCAAAAGACAAGGACCAUAAAGAAGCAUGGGAUGAGAGCAGCAUGACUUCAAGUACAGCUGACAUGACAGAAGCUAAAGGCAAAGUAAAAGAACCAGCCACAGAGAUAGAUGCAGACCAACCCGGGACGACACCAGUCCAGAACGGUCAGACAGACAUCCCAGGCAGUGUGUCUGAUCUCAAGACAACUUCAGAAGGAAGGCAGACCCCCACUCCCAAAAUGACUGAAAUAGACAUGUCUGAUGAUGGAGACACGCAGAAGAACAAGCGUAAGGCUGUGAAAGUUGACGGUACAGAGAGGCCAGGAAGUGCUGCAUCCACUAAGUCUGGACAGCUGAAGAGGCCGUCCACUGCACCGAUGUCCAGGCCUUCAACCUCAGACCAAGCCCAGAUGAAACGGCCGAAGACUGCAGGGUCUACCCGCCCAUCAACCGCUGGCACCAGGCGCAGCCCUGGAGAAGGCACCCAUAGCGGCAGUGUUCCCAGCAUGCAGUCUGUCCUCAGUGUGGAGGAGGCAGGGGCAGACGGCAGGGUGGACAGGACCAGGGGCAAACGGCCUCAGUCAGCUGUGUCUACUGACACCAGAGCAUCCACACCACUUUUGUCCCCUCCUGAGGUCAAAGGUGAACAACAGGCCUAUGUUCCUUACAUUUAUGCCAAGGAGAGUAUUGCUAAGGUGAUGGAUGAUAUGAAACGGAUGAAGGGCAAUCACAUCAAGAUUGUCGGUCAGAUUGAGGAAAACUACAGGACAAUUGAGAAUGAGACACAGAGCCAGUUCAAUAUCUUUGUCCUUGGGCUGAGGUCUCAGUACGGAGAGAAGGUCAAAACCUUCCGACAGGUGAUUGAGGCUCACAGGGCGGAGCUUCAGAAGAAGGAGCAGUACUGGGACGAGAGCCUAACUAGCCUGAGCCAGAGGAACAAACAGCUGUUGAAGGAGAAGAGAGCCCUGCUUAUCCAGAAUAAAGUGGAGUUUGAACGGCUGGACACAGAGAAGAAAGCUGCAGUUGCUGAGUUGACAAAAUCAGUUGAUCAUGAGCACAAAGAAUUCUUACAAGAGAAGAAGCUUCAUGAAGAAGACAAGGCAUCAUAUUUGGAGGAACUAGUUUUCCUCCGCAAAAGUGUCAAGUCCAUGGAAGAGAAGCACCGCGAACAGGUCACAACAAUGGAGGAGGAAACCAAGGUGUUGAAGGACCAGUAUGAGAGUGAGAAGACUGAAGUUGCCAGGCUUAGGGAACUGCUGGCAAAGGGUGGAGACAAGGGUGACGUUGCCAUAGCAGCUGCUGCCACGGCAACAGUCAUCAGCACCGGUGUCUCCAUAGAGGAGAGGGACAGACUGCAGCAACAGCUGAUUGAUGUGCAUAGGGAACUUGCUGAAAUGCAAGCCAGGUAUGAAGCCACGUAUGCCCAGCUGCAGACAAUGGUGGAGACCUCAGGGAAAGACUCCAUUGAAGAGAAGAUAGAGGCAGUGAAGAAAGAGAAGGCAGUGAUAACAGAGGAGGAGCAGAGACUGAGGGAAGAGAUUGAACAGUGGAGGAAGGAGUUUGUGGACAGGGAGGGGAGGGAACCAACUGAAGAGGACAGGCCCAGUAUGAUCCAGGAGAAUUAUGUGCAGCUGGAGGAGGUGGAGCUACUGAACAAACAGCUGGAGGAGAAACUGGAGACCCUCCUGUUGCUGCGGGAUGGCAAGAUGCCACAGGUCAAAGUGGAGAAAGUUCCAGAACCCAUCACAGUUACAGUUCCGGAUCCUGCUGUAGUUGCUGAGUUGGAUGCCACACGGCAGAAACUGGCUGAACUGCAACAGCUCCUCCAACAGAAGGAAAUGGAGAAGAAGGAGCUGGAGAAGGAGAAGAAAGUGUUGGAGAAGGAGAACAAGAAACUGAGCAAGAACAAAAGCUCAGGGAGUCCUGCAGCCAGUACAGGACAGCUGUCACAGCUACAGCUGCUGCUGCAAGCUGUCAUUGCACAGGUGCACCUUAUCCAUGGUGAGGUUAAGAAAGCUGCUGACAAGGUGGAGAAGAGGUGCAAGGAGGAGGAGGAUCAACAGGGGGCGUUGUUGGACAGGAAGGACAAGGCACAGCAAGCUGUAGAUGAUUGGGCUAAGAAGUUUGAAGAGGACAAUGGGAGAGAACCUACUGAAGAGGACAGAGAUGAGGAGGCCCAGCAGCUGUAUGUCACCCUGGAGGAGAGCCGGAAGAGCCUCCAGGAGAACCAGACUGCAAUCCUGGCCCUGACAGCCAUCAGGACAGGGCAGGUGCCACAGGAGUUUGCCAUCACAGGGCCUGCACCACCUGCAGCAGCUGGGACAGGUGUGUCAUCAGAACAGCUGACAGAACUGGAGGACAGGAUCCGUGAGCUGGAGGAGGAGAGGGAUGAGCUGAAGGACACCAACUCUGACCUGACUGACAGCCUGGAACAGCUCAAGCUGCAGCUGACCAGUGCUGCCCAUGAUGACAGCUCUGCUGCAGUUGCUGUUACUGCUGUGGCUGCUGCCUCAUUUGUCACAGAGGAGGAUUCAGGAGAUCUAUCUGAGAUGAGUGGACACAUGGCCAGCCUGCAGCAGGAGGUGGACAGUCUGGAGGCACAGCUCAGGCAGGAGAAAUCUGACCACAAGGACACCCAGGAAGAACUGGACAAUCUGAAACAGGAACUGGAGAAACUGAAGGAACAGUGGGCUCAGGAGAGGACGGAGUUGGAGGGAAAGUUGGAUGCAGGUAAACAGACUGCCCAGGAGGAGCUGGCAGCCACAGAUGAGGCCCUACAGAAGGCCAAGGCUCGCAUCGAGGAGCUUGAGAAGGCUCGUCUCAAGAACUUACCUGUGGACGCACAGCAGGAGGUCAACGAACUGCAGAUAAAGCUGGCUGCAGCAGAAGCAGCAAAGGCUGCAGCUGUCAAGGCUAAGAUCAACGCUGAAGGAGGCACUGCUGACUACAAACUGCAGGUGGAGACCCUCAAUAAGGCUAUACAGCAGGAGAAGAAGACCAACAAGGAGUUACAGGAUGCGCUUCUUAAGCACCGUAAGGAGAAGGAUAAGGAGGUGAAGGAGGUUGUGAAGGCAGGAGAGAAGAAGGAGAAGCAGCGUGCUGAGGAGGAGAAGAAGAAGAUCUCUGCUCUGGAGAAGAAAAUUGCUCAGCUGUCAGCUGCAGCCGCUGCUCGACCUGCUGCAGCAGAGAGGCCCACCACUGCCAAGCAGGGCACAGAUGCCAAGACAGAGGCCAAACUCAAGCAGCUGCAGGAGCAGUACCAGGCACAGAAGAAAGAGGCGCAGGAAGCUAAGGAUCGAGCCAAGACCUUGGAGCGUGAACUGAAGGAGCUCAAGUCUGCUGCUGCUUCCGCUGCUGCAGGAGAGAAAUCUGGUGCCAAAAAGACAGAGAAACAGCUCAAGGACUUAGAGAAGAAAUUGGAGUCUGAGAAGAAGAAGGUGGAAAGAGAGACCAAAAAAGCAGAUGGCCUGGAGCAGGAACUCAAGGAGGUCACAAAGGAGCGAGAUGGCCUACAAGCUGACCUUAAGAAGAAGGAGGCAGAGCUGGAUAACCUGGGUGUGGCUGCCAAGCAGGGUCUGGAGGCCAUGGAGAAGGCCGAGCAGCUGGAGAAGGAGGUGAAGAAACUGACGGCUGAGAACAAGACGCUGUCAGAGAACUACAACAGUGAGAGGGUCCUGAGGAAGAAGUACUACAACAUGGUGGAGGACAUGAAGGGGAAGAUCCGUGUGUACUGCAGGGCACGGCCUCUCAGCGGCUCCGAGCUGGAGAGGGGUAAUGUCAAGAUCAUCAGGUCCCCUGAUGAGUACACCAUACAGGUGGACAGUAACAGGGGCACCAAGGAGUUCCAGUUUGACUCCAUCUUUGGGGAGGAGCACAGCCAGGACAAGAUCUUUGAAGACACCAAUAAUCUGAUCCAGUCUGCUGUGGAUGGAUACAAUGUCUGUAUCUUUGCCUAUGGCCAGACUGGGUCUGGUAAAACCUUCACCAUGAUCGGUGAUAAGGAUCAGAGGUUCCCGGGGAUAGCACCAAGGGCCUUCGACAGGAUCUUUGAGCUCAUUGAAGAAAACAAGGCAAAGUUCAGUUGUGAGGUGUUUGUGUACAUGUUGGAGCUGUAUGUUGACAAACUGAUAGACCUCUUCAAUCAUACUUCGGAGGGUAAGUUAGACAUCAAGAAAGACAAGAAGGGAAUGGUCGUUAUUCAAGGCUCUGUCAUUAAGAAAGCCACGACAUCAAAGGAACUCUUUGCUUUGUUUGAUGAGGGCUCAAAGAACAGGCACACAUCCUCUACAAAAAUGAAUGCUGACAGUUCCCGUUCCCAUCUUGUCAUCGGCAUCAUUAUAGAGAGCACCAACAUAACAACUGGUACAAUGACAAAAGGAAAGCUUAGCUUGGUGGAUUUGGCAGGCAGUGAAAGAGUGGCUAAGACAGGUGCAACUGCAGAUCAACUGAAGGAAGCCAACUCUAUCAACAAGUCUCUGAGUGCUCUUGGAGAUGUGAUCUCAGCUCUGUCCAGUGAGCAGUCCUUCAUCCCAUACAGGAACAACAAACUCACCAUGCUCAUGCAGGACUCACUCGGAGGCAACGCCAAAACUCUUAUGUUUGUCAACAUCUCGCCAGCAGAUUACAAUGCCGAGGAAACUGUUAUUUCCCUUACAUAUGCCUCUCGUGUGAAAUUGAUUACGAACGAUGCUCAAAAGAAUGCAGACAACAAGGAGAUCACCAGGCUGAAGGGGAUAAUCGCCAAACUGAAGAGUGGUGAGAACGUAGAUGCAGAAGAUGACUGAUGACAGCUGUGCAGUCGACACAACUUGCUGUACAUGUCAGACAGAACCACAGACUUCAGCAGUUCAGCUACUUGUCCUAAGUCUGCUGAUUAUCUAGAGACCAAUCAUCUUGUGGGUCUGUGAUGAUCGCAAGUAAUUUUUGUAUAAUCUAGGUUUGUAUAUCUAGUAAGUGUUCAUCUUUUUGUAUUUGUACAAAAUUUGUAAGUGGAUUAGAAAGCAAUUGUUUGUAAAUGCAAAGCUGAUUUAAGUAUAGGUCAAUCAUGACAAAAUUCUUCCUCAUGUAAGAUCAUUGAGCAGCACUUUGAUAUCAUAUUGCAUUGAUAAUACUAAUUUAAAAUUUUAGGGAUAUUGUAAGCUUCAUUUCUGGACAAUGGACUACCUCCUGUAAUAGUCAGAACAAAAGAAAUUUCUCACGUAUCUGCUAAGUGUCAAUCUACAAAACAAAUUUGUAUGUAAGAAGAGGGAAUUGCAAUGGAUAAGAUUUGUAUGGUGAUACAUGUUAAAUGUAACAUUGGAAAUGAGGAUUUCUGUUUUUAUCCUUGGGCCCCUUUCUUUAAAACUCACCCUGUUGCCUUGUACUGUAAUUAUAUGGAUGUACAGUUAUGCCCUUAGCAGGGAAAGGGUUACAGUAUGUCUUGAUCAUGACUUUAUGCUUUGGAGCUGCCUGACACUGAUGCAGUUUGCCCUUUUGAGACUAUUGAAAUGUCAGGGACCAGUUUGUAUUUUCCACCAGCAAAUUGUAGUUAGAGAGAUGAAGGAUGGGUUUGAGAUUGUAAUCAAUUACUAGUACAACAUAACCUUACAUUACAAAUGGAUGAAUCCUCAGUGCCUUUUUCAUAAAUAAGAGUCCACCAUUUGGGCACAGUAGAUUGUAUAUCUUGAUACGUUACAUGCUUAUGAGGUAGGCCUACAACCUUGAAUAGACUACAAAUGAAUCUAUGAGGACAAGGAAACUUUGUACAUUCUAUGAGUCAGCACUACCAUGAUACAUGGACAAACAAAAAUAUACCACUGUGAGUGGACCAAUGGUUUACAAUAUGGUCAAAAUUCAAAUACAAUGUAGCUUGUACCACCUUCAAAGACACCAGAACUCUUGGGUAUAGGAAGUCUUGAGCUGUUUUCUUUUAAAUCUAUGACCAAAUUAUAGCUAUUUGACAUUUGGGGUGCAAUCUGUACAAUUUUCUGGUAUCACAAUCCUGUAUAUAUUUCUGCUGCUUUUUUUUAUAAUGUCUGAAGAAAGGAAAUGUAUUUGAAACAUGUAGAUGACCAUUGUCUCACAAUUGUAUUCAACAGAUGUACUGAAUUGGUUUGAUUUGUAAUCACAGUUGGACAUAAUGUUUAGUUCCUACGAUUGUAUAAUUCAAUUCUUAAAGUUGUGUGUUGUACUUUUCAGCAACUGUGUAAUGAAAAUCUGUGCAAAUUUCUGAAGAAAUACAUAUAAAGCAAGCAUAGCAGAGUUCUGGAAUAAAUAUAGAUGUAAAUGUAGAUUUUAUGUGUUUUAAGCAAUGUAUUUAAAGGUUGCACAUAUUUUAAACAAGAGCACUAUGCAAAUAUUUCAGUUUAAUAGUGUUUUUCUAUGCAUAUUUUGCACUGUCUUCUUGAAAAUAAAUCUUUUUUAUUAUAUGAAA